GACAAAUCUUCAGACAAGUCUGGAACCCGGAGAUACGGCCCCGUCAGGUGAUCGCAGAUCCUCAGGCCUACCAAUUCCCCAAAACAGAAGGCUGAUGCGCGGAUCUUUUCCUUCUGGUGUCGCAUCGUGAAGCUCUUCCAAGGAUCAUCCCAGUUCCUUGUAAUCCAAUGGCCCAGAAAUCUGGGGGCCUAAAAAGAUGGGGGCACUUUGGCUCAUUUGCAUAUAAGCCGCUACUCUGAUCCUCGCUAUCCCUUGAAUGAGAACGAAGGGAGGGCAGAGAAAGGAUCCUUGGGCAGCAACUCCAGCAUUCACUGAAACAGAAAUGAAAGGCCUUUCUGCUGCUAUUGCCAUUUCCGGCAUCACCGGCUUUGCUAGUGCCGCACGCUCGAAUGGCUGUGGGAAACCGUUGCCCACUCACCAGAGUGCUGGAGGAGAUAGCCAUCAGACACACUUCACGACAUCUGAUGGUACCGAGCGCACCUAUCUGAUCCAUAUUCCCUCCAACUACGACACGGAUACCCCGGUUCCGUUGAUCUUUUCGUUCCAUGGCAGGAGUGGAAACUCGGCCAACCAAGAGGGCCUGUCGCAGUUCAGCAACGAGGAGUGGAACCCCAAUGGCAUCGCGGUGUAUCCCCAAGGACUGGACGAACAAUGGCAGGGCGAUCCGGCCUCCGACGGAGUGGAUGACGUCGCGUUUACACUCGAAAUGCUCGACCACUUUGAGGACCGGUAUUGCAUUGACUCGUCGCGCGUCUACGCCGCGGGCAAGUCGAACGGUGGCGGAUUCACUCAUCUGUUAGCAUGCGACAGCACCGCCUCCACUCGGAUUGCCGCCUUCGCACCAGUCGCAGGCGCCUACUACCAGGAAGUCUCCGAAGAGGACUGUGAUCCGAUCACUGUUCCAAUCAAGUGCAACCCCGGCCGGUCUCCUAUCCCAAUCAUCGAGUUCCACGGCAGUGAGAAUGAAACCAUCCCGUACGCUGGAGGGCCCCGACGAGGGGAGUGUCUCCCUUCCGUGCCUCAUUUUGUGCGCGAAUGGUCCAAGCGCGAUGGAUUCGGGCUGCACAACAAGACCACCAAUUUGUACGAUGGCCAAGUGCAACGGUACGAAUACGCGAGUGGCGAUGCCUUUGGCACCGUGACGCAUUAUCGCAUUGGAGGAUUGGGCCACUACUGGCCCAGUACGGGGCCAAACAGUGACAAUCCGGAUGGGACAUAUCUGGACGCGACGCCGUUGAUCAUGGACUUUUUCAACCGAUGGGCAUUGUAG